AUGUCGUUCGAAGCCGUGGCGUCCGAGCAUGUCUGCUACAUCCACUGCAACUUCUGUAACACCAUCUUGGCGGUAUUUCCGUAACACCCUCCUCAUCCUUUCUGAUGCUAUCCUGCCUCUCCCCCUCCUCUUCCCUGUGCAAUGGAUCCUUGAGAUGACCAUCUUCCUAAAUGCCUUAGGAUAAAUUAUCUACCCCACCGACUCCAAAUUUGUUCGCUCCCUCGUAAGAACAACUCAUGGCUCGACUUUUAGGUUUCUUUCUCUUUUUUCCUGAUGGUUGACAGAUUCCUCCUCUUACAGCUCAACAUAUUAAGAUCCCUUAGAUCCUCAGGAGGUUCUUAGUUGCCUACCGCCUACUGACCCAUCUGGCGCGUGUGGAGAUCCCAAAGCCCAUACAGGAUAUCAUCGAAUAUGUCAAACUUGAGGUGCUUCCCCUCUCUCGUCAUCGUGUCUGCAAGAGUCUUGAGAAUCGAAACUAGUGUAGGAAUCUGCCUUUAUCCUGUAGUUUUCGAUGCCAUUGAUUUUGCACCGUCCAGAUGUUAUUGAAGUGUAUGUGAUACACAACUGUUAUGGGGGAGAGCUCUAGCAUGGAUAAGUUGUUAAAGACAUGAGUUUUCUUUCAGUUGAAAACUACAGCUAAAACAGUCAGGGAUCACCCGAUCGUCAUAGUUAUGCACAAAAAGUUGGUUAUCGGACGGUGAUGAGUUGAAAAGAAAUUGUGAAAAUCUUCCAGAUUCUCUCGGAAGAUUAACCUCACUAAAGUUAAACAGACUCGUCAAAUUUUUAUUUUCCCAUCAGGAACCCAGUCGUUAAAUUUUUGGUCUUCAAUUAUUUUGACGGAGAGAAAAAGCUUUGAUCCAAAGUAAAAUGGGUUAUGUGGUACUCACGGAUUGAAACCACUAAUGUGAGCAUGUCUCAAGGUUAGAGUUUGCAUUUCUUGAAUGACAUGAGAAUCCUAGAAGGAAGAGGGAUCCUUGACCUUAUAAACUUAUAAAAGAGGGUAUAGUUUGUGCAGAAGUUAUGUUUGUCCAUUAUGAUGUAGAACUCUUAUGCCUAUGCAAGGUACUGAAUGAAAGCACCUAAUCAGAGAGACACGAGCCGGAUGUCUGAUUUAAAUCUCUUACUGGUUCCAUCGUUCUCGUUUCAGUAUGUAAUUGAGAAUAUUUCACGUUUGUCAGAUUAUUUUAUAAACGGAAAAAGAAGGAAUGCUACAAGAGAUCUCGGCAUCACGUGAGCUUGAUCUUCAGCUUUAUCCGUCUCCCUGCACUCCGACUCGUUGUGGUUUCUUCAACAAUUUUUAUUUGAUGUCCUUAGUGUUUGGCACGUUUUGAGUACAUCACCUCUAAUAAGUGACUAGAAGCCCCUCAGAGCUCCAACUCUGUUUUUCUUGAGUAGAUGGCCUGUGGAAAUAUCCCUAAGGAAUAUUUUAUCACCAUUUUAUUAAGAGGUGAAUGGCGAUCUCUCAUUCUUUCUACUUCUGUAAUAUUUUUAGGGUUUCUUUCGUUGUGUUUAGACCGCAUUUCAAGGUUAAAGUUGGCAUCUUCAACGUUCUUACGGCCUUACGACUCUGGAAUGACUAAAUGAACGUGAGUAUUCUUCGUCCCAUCCCAUGGGGACAACCAUAGCCUCUACCGCAGCAGUUUAGGAAGACCUCUGACAAAACCUGAUGGCAACUUGCCUUGCUCUUGUUCUUCUACUUCUUUUAGUAAAAAAAAAAUUGGCAUCAAAUCUUCUUCCCCCCUCUUCUCCCUCUUGUAGCUGCAUGUCCACUAUUUCGGUAUACAUUUGAUGCCAAUAAUGGGCUUCGUAUCAUGUCAGGUCCUCUCUCUCUCCCCCAAUCCGCCCACCUUCCCACGGCACGGAAAAGAGAUAAAGAGGGGGAGAGGGAGAGAGAGAGAGAGAGAGAGAGAGAGAGAGAUUUAUGCAUGUCAAGUAUAUUUUCCUUUAAUGGGAUGAAAAUCCAGAAGGAACAUUUCGAGACAGGAUAUUCUAACCGAAGCAAGACCAGGGUCCAACAUCGGGGAUACAAAAGGAACAAAAAAGCUUUGCGAGAAAGUGAGACGGGGAAAAGCGCGUGCGCGCAUGCGGGCCUGAGCUUAGAUGUCUAGAAAAUUCUAGCCGUCUUCCAAUAAAAUGCUGUAAUGUUCUGAUUCUUGAAAGGAAAAUUCUCUAGGUAUAAUUCGCAUCCCUUUGCUUCUUCUUAAUCAGGUCAGCGUCCCGCUCAGCAACUUGUUGAACUUUGUCACUGUAAGAUGCGGACACUGCGCCAGUCUGCUGUCUGUCAAUAUGGGAGUAUUGCUUCAAACUUUCUUUCUUCAUGAUUUUCAAGUUUGUUUUUUAAUUCAUUUACAUCUUUCAUCUAGCGUGCUGACUGAAAACAAACCAAGGAAAUAGAACCGCAGAUAAUCGAACACGAGUGUUCUUGUCCUCCCAACCACCCUGGCGCUGCCACUAGAGGAAAAGAAAGAUCCUUAAGGUUGAUUAAUUUUACAGGUCAUUUAGUAGUUAAUCUUUCUUUAUCCGGCCAUAGUGAACAAGACUGAUCUGUACUGAAAUUUUUUAAAGUAGAAAGGAAAGUGGAUAUUCGAGAACCACAUAAGAUCUAGAGGAUCAAGAUCCCAAUCCCAUCCAAACACAGCAAACCUCAUUAUUGAACUUCCUUGCCAGUUAACUGCGCACAAUAAUAACAUGGAAGAAGAGUUAAUGUUCUUUUUGUUUGAAACUCAUAUUUUGGAAAAAUUUUGAUGAUUUCCUUUUAAGGAGAAUAUGAUGCAAUACAACCAAUAUGAAAUCUAAGAAGAAGAUUACUUAGCUUACUUUCGAGCAACUACGAAGAUAAACGAAUUAAUUCGUCUCAUAAUGUCAUGACAUUAAGAAACGCACUUGAAUGGAAAAGAAAGCAUGGAUCAGUUAGCAUGGAUGGAUAGACGACCAUCAUGCUGUUGCCCUUUAUUUUUAUUUGUAGGCUCUAACUAAUGGAGAAAAGCUGUCUCAACUUUUAGAAUUCAGAGAUUAUUUUAAUAUUUCUUUUAUUCUUACUUCCUCUGAAUUCAGAGUAAAAGUGUUUCGCAAGGUUGUUCAUCUACUGCACCCAAUAAUAUUUUAUUAUCUAUGAAAAAUCCACAGUUGCAGAGCCACAGCGUUAGAUCCUUGGGUUACAGCAAUGUGUGCGGGUCUUCCUCAAGAGGUAGCACCAUACCGACGAUGAACUCCACUGACAACGAUCAACACCAGCUUCUAAUCAGACGUCGUAUGUUGCUCAUGCAAUUUGACAUCUGACGUAACAUUGGCAAAGAUAUAUAUUUCUUAUUUAAGAUGCAUGACAGUCCAACAGUGAAGUCCAUAGUUAUAUCAUUAUCGUGCUUAACGUUCAUCGUUAACUGGACCCCCUAUUUCCCAGUUUAUCGUUACAUAUAAUGAUCGGCAGUAUAACUUCAUCAAGCUCUUGAAUGUGUUGUUUUUUAUCCUUGGAUCUAGUUGCGCGAUAAGAUAUAUCAUUAUUUUUCUCUCAUAAACGAUUGUGGUUUUGUAAACAGCGCCGGAGAAGAGACAACGAGUUCCCUCCACCUAUAAUAGGUUUAUUAAGUAAGUCAUAUACCAGCUGUUUACACACCACGUAAAUAACUAUAGACAAUUUAUUUAUAUUCCCUUUUUAUUUUCCUUUUUUUCAGUUAAACAUUUGAAAAUGUUUCAACGUUUUUUUUUCCACCCAUGACAGGGAGGAGAUACAAAGAAUAAAGGCCAACAACCCAGCUAUAAGCCACAGAGAAGCCUUCAGUUCGGCGGCAAAAAAUGUGAGUGCCGUCAAGAAUGGUCUUCAAUGUUAGCGCUUUGAUUUUCGAAGGUAGUGGUUUUUAGCUUGUCAUACAAGGAGAAUAGCCUGCAACCUACCAAGGGUUCCGACAGUCGAGAGCUAAAAAUAUAUUCAAUCGAAAAAAUCUAGACUCCAAUACAUCUUCCAUCAGAAACCUUUGCAACGGGGGAGCAGCAACGUGAAGACUAUAAGGGUUGCCGCUCCAGUAACAUCGGGUUGACUUCGUCGCAAAAUUUGUGUCCAUUUUUGAAGAGUUUUGUAGGAAGGAGAUAUAGGAUAGAACCAGUAUAUGCUCCUCCGAAAACUAUAGUCAUGCACACUAUAUAUUCUUUGAAGAAUAUGGUUUCUCCGGUAAUAUUUUCAGCGCUAACAUUAUCAUGUUCCUAGACAGUACUUUCCAGGGGUGUACAUAAUCAAUUCAUCCGAAUGAGUCCUGUCCGGGAGGGAGUGAGGCACCUUCUUGGAUUCUUUUUUUUUUUUUAAUCUAAAAGAAGCAAGUUCUUUGCUUUUAGUCGUUGUGGUCCAUUCUGGUGUUUUUUAGUCAGAAGCCUAAAAAGUAUUAGUUCAAUGUCAGUAAUUCAUCUCCCCCUUAUGGAUGGAGUUCUUGUGAACGCCUAUUUGGUCGUUUCCAGACACAAACGUACAUUGGGCGAACCAUGAAAGGAGAUUCACAUAGUUAAACUUCAGUCAUUGUUAAAUUAUAUGGUUGUACAUUUAGUUGUAGGUCGAGUGGUUGACAAGUUUAUCAGACAACGUCCAGCCUUGGUUAAAAAGUACCCAAAGAUGAACAUGUUCUUAAUAAUUAAAAUCAUCUUGGUUAUUCUUUUCCUCGGGUAAAAUUUUCUGACAAGUUUCUCAUAUCCAUGCAUUUGAAUUUCCAAAAUGAACCCCAAAUGGUUCAUGAUUUUUUUUUGUCAUGUAGAGCAUGAAACCUCUUUGAGGUGCAUUUAAAAGUGACUGAUCCACCAGUGUCCCUAUCAAGACUGAUUUAUAAGAGGACGUGCUCAUUACUAAACUAGGGGAUAAACUUCAUAGGAGUGACGCAGGAUUGAACAAAGUUGAUGCGAAUUUUCUAUUUUUUGACGAUAUUCUUUUCAGCAUUCAGUAGUUCAUGAAACUACCGACAUAAGAUAAUUCGUUUUAAUGGAUAAAGAAAUCAUAGAUAUCUGUUAACGGUUAUUUAAUAUCAAUGCAUAUCUUCUCGAGUAUGAGCGAUAUUAGUCCCUAGUUGUUCUCAAAUAAAUCUACGGCUUAUUGAUUUGUAUCUAUAAACAAUCUGUGUUGAUUUCUUUUGAAAUUUGUGUUAUUUUUCCAGUGUAUCUUGCAAUCCAGUAAUUGUUGCAUCGCCUCUGAAACACCCUAAAAGUCUUUUGCUGAUAUGCAGUGGGCUCAUCUCCCUCACCUCCAAUGCGGGGCUAACUUCGACGGCGACAAACAGGGGAAACUUGAGGAGGCCACCACCGCCAAAGGAACCCCAAAAUUUAAAGAACUUUGUUAA